UACUCAUGGGUAAGAGAAAGGAAGAAAGUAUUGCAAGGCCUGGGUCCCGCAAAAGACAGAGACAGGAAUACACAGAUGAACAUAGCGAUGAGUCUAACGAAGAGGAAAAGUUGCAGUCACCAGCUGAUAGUAAUGUCUCUUCACUGUCUACUGCAGGGGAAGUUGGGAUAAUUGAAAGUAUCCAGCUGAAGAACUUUAUGUGCCAUUCGAUGUUGGGACCUUUUCAGUUUGGAUCAAAUGUCAAUUUUGUUGUUGGAAACAAUGGAAGUGGAAAAAGUUCUGUGUUAACGGCUCUUAUUGUUGGACUGGGCGGAAAAGCCACUGCAACUAAUCGAGGCUCCUCAUUAAAAAUGUUCGUACGAGAUGGAGAGACUUCUGCAGAUAUUUCCAUAACACUGCGAAACCAAGGUAGAGAUGCAUAUAAACCGGAUGUGUACGGUGGUUCUAUUAUUGUAAAUCAGCACAUUAAUCUGGAUGGAAGCAGAAGCUAUAGACUGAAAAGCAAAUCUGGGACCUUAAUUUCUUCAAAGAAGGAAGAACUUUUAGGAAUACUGGAUCACUUUAAUAUACAGGUAGAUAAUCCUGUGUCUGUUUUAACCCAAGAGAUGAGUAAGCACUUUUUACAGUCUAAAAAUGAAGGUGACAAGUACAAGAAUCACAGAUUUAUGAAGGCAACUCAGCUGGAACAAAUGAAAGAAGAUUAUUCAUCUAUUAUGAAAACUAAAGAAAAUACAUGUAUUCAGAUAGAACAAGGAGUAGAGCGUCUUCAAGAACUUAAGCUGCUUUAUUGUGAAAAAAAGGAACGUUACAAAAGCAUUGGGUUUGUGAACGACCUGCGAAAUCGUCUUGAAGAUUUGAAACAUAAAAUGGCAUGGGCAGUGGUGGGUGAGAUGGAAAAAGAAAUACAGCCAAUCAAAGAACUAAUCAGAGUUGAAGAAGGAAAUGCUGAGAGGUUUCGUCAGAAGAUAGAAGAAUGCCAG